AUGGAUCGGGAGUUGAAUGAUGGCACGAUAUUGCCCUGUAGGAGCUGGUCAGGAGGAGAGGGGCGUGCAGCUUGGGACAUCAAAUAUGAUGAAAACGAAAUCAAGUUGCGGUUCGAUGUGCCAGGACUCGCCAAGGGGGAAAUUAAGGUCUCCGUGGAGGACGAUACGCUUGUUAUCAAGGGAGACUACAAAAGGCGAGCUGGAGAUGAUUGUUGGUAUUGUAGGGGCUAUAGUUCCUAUGAUACCUGUCUUCAGCUCCCCGAAAGCUGUGAUAGAGAGAACAUCAAGGCAGAGCUCAAGGAUGGAGUUCUACUCAUCUCCAUUCCUCAGAAGAAAUUAGAGCGCAAGACUAUUGAUAUAGAAAUCCAGUAA